AUGGUGUGGGGUUUGUACCUCUCUGGGCUGCUGGUUGCCACUCUCAUCCCACCAGGAUGCCAGUUGGAUCCCAAGGACUUGGAGAACUCCUCCAGCAGGUGGCACUACGGAUCAGGGAACAUCCAAAGCUUCACAUCCAACCUCAAGAGACACUCGGAAGGAACUUUCACCAGCGACUUCACGAGGUACCUGGACAAGAUGAAGGCCAAGGACUUUGUGCAUUGGCUCAUCAACACCAGGAGGUACCAGGAAAGGGAAAAGGGGGAACAUGUCCAUGGAAUG